UAGCCAUGCGUGUGCGUCUAUCGCCAGCUGAUGCGUUAACGCUUGCGUAUUUUGUUGAUAUUUGCAAGCCACGCGAGAAGAGAUGCUGCGCCUACUCGUGUCCAAUUGCGGCAGGAGCAGCGAUUUAUUUAGUCGCCACCUGCUGAAGCCCACGCAGCAGCCACUGCCACGCCUCCAGAAUGCCGCCCGCCUGAUGCGCCAACAUCUGCGUGGAACGAACGCUCCACAACCGCCCGCAAUCCCGCCCUCAAAUGCCAGCCGCCUGCUGCACACGACACGCCUACUUGUGUGGGGCGGUGGUAGCCUGGCCAUUGGCUUGGGCGCCCGUUCCUGGUGGGCGGGGCAUCGCGGGGCAAUCGUCCACUGCGAGGGCAGCCGACUGGCGAUUCGAAAAGAGGAAGAGGAGGACACUGCGUCGGAGCAGCACUUCGACUGGAAGCGUUUGUGGACCUACCUUGAGCCUCAUCUCUGGGAGCUGAUCGGUGCCGUAUGCGCCGCCCUGAUUGUGGCAUAUAUCAACAUACGCAUCCCAAACCUGCUCGGUGACCUGGUCAACACACUGGCGAGAUAUGCUAACACGUACGUGAUGGAUCCGAUCAACAACUCGUUCGUGAAGGAUGUGAGCAAACCGGCCGGCAAUCUGCUGAGCCUAUACAUGCUGCAGUCUGGUUUCACCUUUAUGUACAUAUACCUGUUGAGCCGCGUCGGUGAGCAGAUGGCGGCCAAGAUGCGGCAGGAUCUGUUCACGCAGAUUGUGGUCCAGGACAUCGCAUUCUUCGAUGAGAAUCGGACGGGCGAGCUGGUCAAUCGACUGACCGCCGAUGUACAGGACUUCAAGACCUCCUUUAAGCAGUUCGUAUCCCAGGGACUGCGAAGUGCUGCCCAGCUAAUUGGCGGCAGUAUAUCGCUCUUCAUGAUUUCACCGCACAUGGCCGCCAUUGCGCUGGCCAGUGUUCCAUGCGUGGUCAUGUUCAUGUCGUAUUUGGGCAAGAAACUGCGUUCGCUAAGCAAAAGCUCGCAGGCGCAGGCGGAACGAGCGACGGGUGUGUGCGAAGAGGCACUGUCCAACAUCCGAACGGUUAGGUCCAGUGCCUGUGAAUAUCGCGAGAUGCAGCUGUUCGAGGCGGAGACCAAUGAGGCGGCACGCCUGGCACAGGAACUCGGCUACGGCAUUGCCAUCUUCCAGGGCCUGACCAACUUCUUCCUCAAUACACUAGUCCUAUCCACGCUCUUCAUGGGCGGCCAUCUCAUGUCCACGGAGAGUCUGUCGCCGGGUGCUCUGAUGGCCUUCCUGGUCGCUUCGCAGGGUGUGCAACGAUCCCUGGCCCAGGGAUCCAUCCUGCUGGGCACCAUGAUCAGAGGCAUGACCGCCGGCAGUCGAGUCUUCGAGUUCCUCUCGCUGCAGCCACAGGUGGAACUGCUGCGCGGCUACAUUAUCCCACAGGAGCGGCUGCACGGCGAGAUUCGGUUCGAGAACGUCUCCUUCGCAUAUCCCAUGCGACCAGAUCAUCUGGUGCUCAAGGACUUUAGCCUGACGCUCCGCCCGGGCCAGACAGUGGCCCUGGUUGGAGCCAGUGGAUCGGGCAAGUCGACGAUAGCCUCGCUGGUGGAACGCUUCUACGAACCAUCGGCUGGUAAUAUCAAGCUGGACGGCUACAAGCUGUCGGACAUAUCGCCGUAUUGGCUGCGAUCCAAUGUCCUCGGUUUCAUCGAACAGCAGCCGGUGCUGUUUGGCACAUCGAUAUUGGAGAAUAUCCGAUAUGGCAAACCGGAUGCGGGCGAGGAGGAUGUAUUUGCGGCAGCCCGUCUAUCACAAUCGCACGACUUUGUGACCGCCCUGCCCGAUGGUUAUGCGACGCAUGUGGGCGAACGGGGCACCCAGUUGAGCGGUGGUCAGCGGCAACGCAUCGCCAUCGCACGGGCGCUGCUUAAGAAUCCGCGCAUCCUUAUCUUGGACGAAGCGACGAGUGCCUUGGACGCCACCAGCGAGGCGGAGGUGCAGAAGGCACUCGAUACGGUGGUUAAGAAUCGCACCACCCUGGUGAUUGCCCAUCGAUUGUCCACGAUACGAAACGCUGACCUCAUCGUCGUCCUCGAUCAGGGACGCGUCGUGGAGACCGGCAAACAUGACGAACUGAUGGCCAAGCGGGGUCUGUACUUUGAACUGGUACGUCAGCAGGAGCGACGGGACAUCCAGGAGCAAGUACAGGCCGUGGAGGACGUGGUGGCCAUCAAGGAGCAGCAGGCAACUGCAGCAGCAACUGCAACGGCGACUGCAACUGCCGCAGCAACGGCGACAGCAGCGACAGUGGGCAGCAGCUUCGGUGGCAGGGCAAAUGCAGCCCAAGGAUAAUGACGAUGUUAGGCAAAUUGAAUGAUUCCCUGUACACUUAAUUUAUUAGAAUGUUUUGUUUUCACUUUUUUUAUUUCCAACUGACCAAAAACAAAAAUGGUGAGAGACGCUAACAAUAAGUAUACAAUAAAAUAAACGCUGAAGACAGUAUUGUUUUUGUUAUAAACAGAAA